AUGGACAAUCCCCACACCUCACUCUCCUCUUCGCCCUCGCGCACCUCAACGGGGGAAACGACCUCAUCCGAAGUCAACCAACAAUACUCGUCACCCUCUACCACGACCACCACCACCACCACCGACACAAAGGCAUCCUCCUCCUCUGCCACCUCCGCCUCCACCUCCGACUCCGCUUCGGCCUCUUCCUCAUCAAUCAUCACCACCCUGCAGCAAAACGUCUCAUCCCUCGCCGGUCCCCAAUUCAACCUGGUCAAAGACGCCGUCAACGAGAAUAUCGUCCCCGUCGCCAGUGAAGCCCUCCAAUCCACCCAGUCGGCGGUGCGCGAAAUCAUCCGCAAGGUGUCUCCGGAAUCAGAAGCCGAACCUCAAAAGGGCCUUGAUCCAUCUCACCCGGAUUAUAAGUACAUCGAACAGAUGCCCGAUGAACAGAUAUGUGACUUUCUACGGUACAAGCAUCGCAGUACAGCACCCGAGCCCCUACGCAAUGAAUGA